AUGGAUGUCACAGCUGUCACUUUCCCCGAUUGCCUCCCCUCUAUCCUCAACGACAUCGCGACAAGCUGCUUUGUGUCCGUAGACUUCGAGCUGUCUGGAGUGGUUUUUAAACCAAGCGGACCACAGCCUCGGACCCAAACCGUGCAGGAGCGAUAUGUGGAAGCUAAGGCAGCUGCAGAGCGGUACCAGAUUCUCCAAGUUGGCCUGACAACUUGUCAUGAAGACAAGGAAAAUGCCACCUACACCCUGAAACCAUACAACAUAAAUCUGAGUCCAAUCACCCAGCAUGAGAUGGAUGUGAAUCGGGACUGGACAUUCGGAAGCCGGUCAAUGGAAUUCUUACUCGCGAACCACUUCAGCAUUGACCAUAUGUGCUCCUUCGGUGUCCGAUACCUGUCUCGAAGCGAAGAAAUACUGGCAAUCAAAAGAGCUACGGAGAAAUGCCAAUCGCGGAAUCCCGUCCAAGUUGCAAAUAUUAAACAAGACGACCUUGAAUCUCUGGAGUUCCUUGAGGCUGUUCGGGUCAGUAUCAAUGAGUGGCUGGCGCAGGGCGAGAAACGCCGUGACUGGCUCAACAUCCCGCCACCCAGCAAUCUGCAGACUGUUCCAGGCCCCAUCCCUACCGGGUUGAGCAGCAUGCAGAAAUGGCUAGUACACCACCUUGUCAGCGACGAAUACCCCAACCUGACAACGCGGGGUGCGUCAACCUUCGUCCAAAUCGAAUUGCGGGACCCAAGCAAUGAGCAACAUACCUUCGAAACAAAAUUGAAGGUCAAAAAGGAACGAAUUCGGAAGCAUAUCGGGUUCCGCUGGAUCGCAGAAGCACUUGUGGGUGGAAGUCUGGAAGAACUUGAGCCAGACGCUUUCCAUCCCCUGAUGAAGAUAAUCGAGCAGCCAACUUUCGGAAUUCAGCAGUUGGCAGACAAAGUGAAGAGCCGGCUCAAGGAGAACAGACCAGUUCUAAUCGGCCACAACAUGUUCUGUGAUCUGCUCUUCUUCUACAGAUGCUUCCUCGGUCCGUUGCCGAAUACCCUCGCUGAGUUUCAAACCGUCAUCCACAAGCUAUUUCCCGUGUUGGCUGACACCAAGUACAUGGCCACUCAUGACUGCGGCUCUCUAAACCCCAUGUCUUCACUCGAAGAACUCAACACGACUUUAGCUGGCAUCGAAAGCCCCAAGAUAGAGAUCGACGCUCACUUUUCAAAGUACAAGUUCCGUAAGCGUACUCACGAGGCAGGAUACGAUAGCAUGCUUGCCGCCAUGGCCUUCAUCAAACUUGCAGGUGAGAUACAGCGCAACCCUUCCCAACCGACUGUCAAACCCCGGUCACAUACGCCGACGACACCCAGUUUAGUUGCUGGUAUCAUGGCCCAGCCUAGCAACCAGACUGUUCCUGGAAGUGAAUUCAGCAACUUCUUUGACGUUGACACUGAGACCAUUCCAAUGAUUCAGCCAGCUCAGAUUGCUCGAGCUGGUAUGUCCCUAGCCGACACUGGCUCCGAGCGUGUAGCUCGCCUGGUCAACGAAGGUAAAUUACUGCCGCGUCUCGGAGAUCCCUUCUGGGAUACCUACGGGAACAUACUGCGGGUGUUCGGUACACAGGAGAGGAAAGUGCAGCUAGGAAAGCAGGUGCUACAGCAGGAAGAUCUGCUGUUGGAGAUCUGA